AUGCAAGAGGAGCUACAUCAGUUUGACCGAAAUCAUGUGUGGGAUCUGGUACCAAGACCUGAGCGUGUUAACAUAAUCGGAACAAAGUGGAUCUUCAAAAAUAAAACUAAUGAAGCCGGAAAUAUUGCAAGAAACAAAGCUCGAUUAGUUGCUCAAGGAUAUACCCAAGUAGAGGGAAUUGACUAUGAUGAAACGUUUGCCCCUAUAUCUAUGUGGCACAACCUAAAGGAUUUUGAAGACCCAGUUCAUCCGACGCAUGUCUACAAGCUCAGAAAAGCUCUCUAUGGGCUCAAGCAAGCUCCAAGGGCAUGGUACGAACAUCUGACACAGUAUCUGUUGCAUCAUGGGUAUAACCGAGGGAGUGUUGAUAAGACCUUGUUUGUUAAAACCACUGGAAGUCAUGUUACUAUAGCUCAAAUUUACGUAGAUGACAUUGUCUUUGGAUCUACUCUACAGAAAUAUACUGAUGACUUAGUGAAGUUUAUGAAGGAAGAAUUUGAAAUGUCCAUGGUGGGUCAACUGACUUAUUUUUUAGGACUUCAAGUUAAACAGAGUACUGAAGGCUACUUUAUCUCACAAGAAAAGUAUGCCAAGAAUUUGGUCAAAAAGUUCGAUCUGGAGUCAUGUAAAACUCCCAGAACUCCUAUCUCCACUUCCACAAAGGUAUCAAAAGAUGAUACUGGUGCAUCAGUUGACAACACAGUCUAUCGAAGCCCAAUUGGAAGUCUGCUCUAUUUGAUCGCAAGUCGACCAGAUAUUAUGUUCAGUGUUGGGAUGUGUGCAAGAUAUCAAUCUGAUCCCAAAGAGUCACAUUUGAUAGCUGCUAAACGGAUCUUGAAAUACAUCAAGGGUACAAUUCAGUAUGGGUUAUGGUAUUCCAAGGACAGUGAACUAAGCCUGAGUACAUAUUGUGAUGCUGAUUGGGUAGGAAAUAUUGAUGACAGAAAGAGUACAUCAGGUGGAUGCUUCUUUGUUGGAACGAAUUUAGUCUCAUGGCUAAGCAAGAAACAUAAUUCAAUCUCUCUAAGUACUGCAGAGGCAGAAUAUAUAGCAGCUGGAGGAUGUUGCACUCAGUUGGUCUGGAUGAAGCAAAUGCUUCUAGAUUAUGGUCUCACACAAAGGACUAUGACACUCUACUGUGACAAUGCCAAAUCAAAGGAGAUAGAAUUGGAAUAUAUUCAAACAGAUAAGCAAUUGGCUGACAUACUGACUAAGCCUCUGGACGCAAAUUGGUUUGAGAUUCUCAAAUCUGCUCUGGGAAUUUGCAGGAUUGAUCAAUAA